UCCAUCGGCAACAGCUCGGCUUCCAACUUACUGGCCUUCAGCUCGAACUGCCCUGCACCGAGUUUGAUCAUUGGCAUCGCCAAUUGGUCAGACUGUACAAAAGCUGGACUCCUCUUGAUCUGGAUAUUCCACAGAUACCUCGACCCGAUCACAAUUAUCACCUUCAAAAACAUCACCUGACUUCGCUCCAGCCAUUUCAAUUGUCUGGCUUCGAUCCCAUCAGCAAGCUUGAAUCCCCAUCAUCUGUUCCUUCGUUUGUCGCCUCUGGUGACCUAAGUUCAGAUCACCUAGGAUCCCUUAAGAAUCACCUUGGCGUUCAGGCCAAUAUAACAGAUUUGCAUUUAGAUCGUUCUCUGCCAGAAUCAGAAAAAAAGCAGCAACUCGAGAGACCUGAAGUGGAAACACCGAUCUGUAAGAUUAGUGUAAAUGGUCAACUGAAUGGGGUCAACAUUUUCGUAGUCAGCAGAAGAAACGGUUUGUUACAUUCUGUGUCUUUUCUAUUUGACUAG